AUGGCUACCACCUCGACUGUCGUGGUCGCCCUAGCCUUAGGCCUGUUGACACUGUUCUAUGUCGGUAGGAGAAGCAAUGGCAAAGGAGAUAAACCGCUCCUCAAACUCCCCCUCAUCGGCGACCUUCAUAGCUCCCCGAUCGAGACGCCACUAACGAACUGGGACGACUGGGCGAGACAGAAUGGUCCAAUUGCCGUGCCCAAACUGUUCGGCCUCAUACCGAUUGUCGUGCUCAAUUCGUUCGAGGCCGUUACGGAGCUGUUUAGUCGUCGCAGCCAGUGGUAUAGCAACCGCCCACCGUCCGUAUCCAUGGAAAUGAUCACCGGCGCCGAGCCAGGGCAGUCCAGAUUCACUCUGAUGCACGAUUACGAUGAUCAUCUUAAGCUGCACCAUCGCAUCCUGGCCCCCAGUCUCGGCGCUCCCGCUGGUCCGAAGUAUCAGCCCUUGAUGGAACUCGAGGCCAAACAGCUGCUGUUUGACCUCUCCAACGCCCUGCAGCAGUGUGCUGGUGGCAUGAUCAGUACCGAUGCCAUCUAUCCGCUUCUGGAACGCACCCAGUCGAGCGUCAUACUCGCGCUGCAUUACGGCCUGCGCAUCCCACGCUUCGAAGAGUCCAUUCUGCACGAGGUCAUCGACGUUCAGACUCAAGUUACCCAUCUCGCUGCCAACCCCGCCCUGCCAGAUAUCAUUCCAGCCCUCCGCCACCUGCCAGGCUUCCUGUCUCCCUGGAAGCGCGCUUACGACAAGCUCUAUGCCACCCAGGUUGACCUGUACAUGCGUCUGUUCCGCCACGGGAGGGACUCGGCAGGCUGGAACGCCACGAAGCAGGCCCUCUCCACAGCAGAGAAGUACGCCACGAACGGGAUCCCAGACCUCGACCUCGCCUUCACGCUCGCGACAUCCAUCCAAGGCGGCAUGGAGACCUCACCGCGCCAGCUGCUGUGGUUAUUCAUUGCAGCGAUGCACCAGCCCUCGUUUAUGGCCAAGGCACACGCCGUCCUCGACGAGGUCGUGGGACGCAAUCGCCUCCCGCAGUUCUCAGACCGCGGAAAGCUCACUUUCAUUGAUGCCGUUACGCACGAGCUUUUCCGCUGGCGGCCCAUAUCUCCAGGGUCCAUCCCGCGCAGGGCGGACAAGGACGACGAGUUCGGAGGUGUCAAGAUCAAAAAGGGCGUCACGCUCAUGGCCAACGCGUGGGCCAUCGGGCGCGACGAAAAGGUAUUCGAUCCGGCGCUGGGAGACUCCCAAGUCUUCGUUCCCGAGAGGUGGCUGCGGCAGGACGGGGAUGGAGAGGAAAAGCUACGAACGGACCUUCCGCUGCCCGUCUUCGGGCAGGGCCGGCGUAUCUGUCAGGGCAAGAGGGUUGCCACGGAUGGGACAUUCAUGCAGGUUGCUAAUCUGCUCUGGGCGUUUGACAUCGAGCCCGCUGAAGGGGAGGAGGUUGAUCCGUGGGCGAUGGUCGUGGCGGGAUUCAUGACGAUGCCGAAGGAGGUGAAGUUCAAGCUCAAGCCAAGAGGCGACUGGGUGCUGCAGGUUAUUCAGAGAGAGUGGGAGACAGCGGAAAAGAGUCUGGGCAAGGUUAUGGGCACAUCAAACGAUGUGGAGAAGUAG